CGGGCUUCGGAGUUCCUAAGUCGUGCAGCGUGCGCGACGGUAGUGACGCGUUUCACCCGGAGCAUGGCGGAUACCGGCUUGCGCCGCGUGGUUCCCAGCGACCUUUAUCCCCUCGUGCUCGGCUUUCUGCGUGAUAACCAACUCUCGGAGGUGGCCAAUAGAUUUGCAAAAGCAACAGGCGCUACACAGCAGGACGCCAAUGCCUCUUCCCUCUUGGACAUCUAUAGCUUCUGGCUCAACAGGUCCACCAAAGCCCCAAAGAGAAAAUUACAGUCAAAUGGACCAGUGAACACAAAGGCCAAGAAGGAGACUUCAUCCAGUGACAGCAGUGAGGAUAGCAGUGAGGAAGAGGAAAAAGCCCAAGGACUUACGGCAAAGAAGACUGCCGUACCUGCCAAGCGAGCCAGUCUGCCUCAGCCUGCUGGGAAGGCAGCAGCCAAAGCUUCGGAGAGCAGCAGUAGUGAAGGGUCCAGUGAUGAGGAGGAGGAAGAGGACAACAAAAAGAAAAAGCCCGUCCAGCAGAAAGCAGUUAAACCCCAAGCCAAGGCAGUCAAAGCUCCUCCUAAGAAGCCUGAGAGCUCCGAGUCUGAGUCGGACUCCAGCUCAGAAGAUGAAGCACCACAGAUACAGAAGCCAAAGGCAGCUGUGGUGGCUAAAGCUCAGACUAAAGCCCCAGCCAAACCAGGUACAGCACCUAAAGCACAGCCUAAAGUAGUCAAUGGCAAAGCAGCCAGCAGCAGCAGCAGCAGCAGCAGCAGCAGCAGCAGUGAUGACUCAGAGGAGGAGGAGAAGGCAGCAGCAACCCCCAAGAAGACUGCACCUAAAAAGCAAGUCCUGGCCAAGGCUCCAGUGAAAGUCGUGGCCACCCCUACCCAGAAGAGUUCUAGCAGUGAUGACUCUUCAAGUGAGGAGGAAGAGGAACAGAAAAAGCCCAUGAAGAAAAAACCAGGUCCGUACAGUUCAGUCCCCCCGCCUUCUGUUCCUUUACCAAAGAAGACCCUGGGAGCCCAAUCUCCAAAGAAAGCUGCUGCACAGAAGCCACCUGCGGAAAGCAGUGAGGACAGCAGUGAGGAGUCUGAUUCAAGUUCUGAGGAAGAGAAAAAACUCCCAGCUAAGGCGGUCAUCUCCAAGACACCCACCAAAGCAGCACCAGUGAAGAAGAAAGCAGAGAGUUCUUCUGACAGCUCAGAUUCUGACAGUUCUGAGGAUGAAGCUCCUGCCAAGCCAGUCAGUACCACCAAGAAUUCCUUAAGUAAGCCAGCUGUCACUCCCAAGCCAUCUGCAGCAAAGGCAGCUACAACUCCUAAGCAACUUUCAGGUGGUCAGAAACCUCAGAGCAGAAAAGCUGACAGUAGCUCCAGCGAGGAGGAGAGCAGCUCCAGUGAGGAGGAGACAGCAAAGAAAACUGUGACGACCCCCAAGCCCAAGGUGACGGCUAAAGCAGCACCAUCUCAGUCCAUCAAACAGACUGCUCAGACUGGUGGGGACAGCAGCUCUGACUCAGACAGUUCCAGCAGUGAGGAGGAGGAGGAGGAGAAGACACCUAAGCCCCCAGCCAAGAAAAAGGCAGCAGGUGCAACUACUCCCAAGCCAGUCCCUGUGAAGAAAGCAGCAGCUGAGAGCAGCAGCUCCUCUGAAGAGUCCAGUGAAGAAGAGAAAAAGAAGCCCAAGGGCAAGGCCACUCUUAAACCACAGGCCAGCAAGGCCAACGGCACUCCGGCUUCUCAGAAUGGGAAAACAGUCAAGGAGAGUGAGGAGGAGGAGGAGGAGGAGGAAGAGGAGGAUGAAGAAGGAAAGAAAAAGGCAGCCAUGACUAAGUCAGGUUCAGGCAAGAAGCGGAAGCAGAAUGAGACAGCAGAGGAAGCAGAAACUCCUCAAGCUAAGAAAGUUAAGCUCCAGACUCCCAACACGUUUCCAAAAAGGAAGAAAGGAGAAAAGAGGGCAUCUUCCCCAUUCCGAAGGGUCAGGGAGGAGGAGAUUGAAGUGGACUCUAGAGUAGCGGACAAUUCCUUUGAUGCCAAGCGUGGUGCAGCUGGAGACUGGGGUGAGCGAGCUAACCAGGUUCUGAAGUUCACCAAAGGCAAGUCCUUCCGGCAUGAGAAGACAAAGAAGAAGCGAGGCAGCUACCGGGGAGGCUCCAUCUCUGUCCAGGUCAAUUCUGUCAAGUUUGACAGCGAGUGACCUGUGGUCAUCCUAGGAAAAGGAAGGUGAUGAUGGGAGGCUGACCCCUCACCUUCAAUGGACCCAGAAACUCAGUGCUGUUAGGAGAAGGUCUCGGCAAGGACAGUCACAUCACAGUCUCCAGUCCUUUUAUUUCCUGCUUUUGUGCAGGUUUGUUUUUGAGCAUUGAUUGUCAGGGACAAAAAUAGAUUUUUUUCUUUUUUAACAAAUCCCUUUUAGUUGUCAUUGCCUUCCUGUUCUGUGGGUCUUCAUACUGAGGAAUUUGUAUAUUUUAUAUUAAAUAAUUUCAUACAGAUUUUUGUUGUGAUUUUCAGAGAUGAGUCCAAUGAUUAAAGUCUUAGUUAUUGCAUAAGGCCUAGUAAAAUGUCAUGUUAAGAACUUUUCUUAGCUGGGCACAGUGGCGCAUGCCUUUGAUCCCAGCAUUUAUGAUGUAGAGGCAGGCAGAUUUCUCUGAGCUCUAGGCCAGCCUGGUCUACAAAGUGAGUCUAGGACAGCCAAGGGUGUUAGAUAGAAAAACCCUGUCUCAACUCUCCCUCCUCAAAAAAAAAAAAAAAAAUUUCUUCCUGGGGAAUUGUAUUCAUGUGAGUGCACACAUCCACAUUUGAUCCCUCCUUCCCUCAAAACCCUGGUAGGGCAUUGACUAUUAACAGUUGUAUUUAUUUGCUGAUCAUGUCCUAUGCUCAUCUUCGUUCAUUGGGUCUGAGACUGAAGCCUUCAGAAGCCAGCAUGGAUCUACCAACUUUUGGGGAUAAAAUUGCUGUUCUUGGAAUAAUUGGCAGGCAUAAUUCGCAUAAUUCUCAUGUGGUGUGAAUGCCAUGUAACUGUCUUGAGUAUUUUGUUUUCACUAAUUAUUAUGGAUACAUGUUUAUAGUACAUUCUAAUUUUAAUUUCAAAGCAAGCUUUUCUGACAUUGAAAGACAUUUUCAACAACUUGUCUGUUACUGUGGUAUACGAACUUUGUGACUGUAUUUGAUUCUUUUGAACAUCAUUAGGAACAGAAUGAUUACUUGCUGCAUGGCUGAAUCACUGGUCAAGGAAGUGGAUAUAACUAAUUAAAACCUGAGCUCUUGGGACUGGAGAGAGAUGGCCUGGUGGUUAAGAGCACUGUCUGCUCUUCCAAAGGUCAUGAGUUCAAUUCCCAGCAAACCACAUGGUGGCUCACAAACAUCUAUAAUGUGAACUGAUUCCCUCUUCUGGCAGAUAGAACACUCAUAUACAUAAAAUAAAUAAAUCUUUUAAAAAAAAACCUGAGCUCUCAGCAUGACCUAGGUUAGCGGGCCUAUGUCACAGGGCACCUAUGGUAAGGCAGGAAGAACUGAGAUAGUACAGUGAGGUUGGGAGGUAUCUAAACAAGCCCAUUUUGUCUUGAAGUUGGUACAUGGGUCUUUUCUAGGUUGGUCCUCUGGACUAAUUAUGUCACUGAUAAAGACUAAGCAGCAGGUCUGGGAGGCAUAUCUGGGUGGUGGUGAGCUUUCAGAGCAUUCAUGAGACUGAGUGUGAUCCAGUACUGCAGAAAGUAAGUGAGCAGAGAUUCCUGGGCCAAGGGACUAAUUAGAAAAAUGCAGAAUGUGACAGUUGGCAGAGUUCAGCAAGAGUGAGUGAAAGGGAGGAAGGGUACCCUGGUUGACCUGGUGAGAACACACCAGGUUUCAUGUAUGGAAAACGAAGGUACCAACAAGAGCCUCCCCGUGUUUGGUUUCCACCAUCACCUGAUAAUCCAUUAAAAGCUGGCUUUCUGUGGCAGCUCCCUGAGGAAGAAAAUGUGCUGAUGUCUGCAUGGUCUUACUACAAAACAAUAAACUGGAUGGUUUAUGAUGUUCA